AUGACUUCUUCUUUCCUGAUCCAAGUGGACGUGGCCUCUGUGGACCUGAUAUCAUCUCCGAUGCAGCGCUGCCUCACACUGACCAUUGCCCGUCACAGCAGGCUUUCUCUCAGAAACAAAUUUGCAUCUGUCCACUGCCAGCAGUCAGCAGCAAUGUCGGGAGCCCCCACCACACCCCUCACAAGUGUUGCAGUUUCAAAGAUUGUGGCAGAAGUCCUGGAGAAAAACAAUCUUCCAGGUGCCAUCUGCUCCAUGACUUGUGGAGGAGCUGAUAUUGGUACAGCAAUGGCAAAGGAUGAGCGUGUGGAUCUCCUGUCCUUCACAGGCAGCACUCAUGUGGGCAAACUUGUUUCUAUGAUGGUGCAGGAACGAUUUGGCCGCAAGCUUUUGGAGUUGGGUGGUAACAACGCCAUUAUUGUGUUUGAUGAUGCAGAUCUAAAUCUUGUGGUCCCCGCUGCUGUGUUUGCCUCUGUUGGAACAGCUGGUCAACGCUGCACCACAACCAGAAGAUUAAUGUUGCAUGAAAGCCUCCAUGACGCUGUGGUGGAAAGGGUUGUCAAAGCCUACAAACAAGUCCGAAUCGGAGAUCCUUGGGACCCUAGCACUCUCUACGGACCUCUGCAUACCAAACAAGCUGUAGAGCAGUAUCUGGCAGCUAUUGAGCAGGCCAAGCAGCAAGGAGGUACUGUAGUUUAUGGAGGAAAGGUGAUGGACCGUUCUGGUAACUAUGUGGAGCCUACUAUCAUAACAGGGCUGGCUCACGAUGCUCCCAUUGUCCACACAGAAACCUUUGUACCCAUCCUCUAUGUUCUGAAAUUCAACACUGAGGAAGAAGCUUUUGCCUGGAACAAUGAGGUCAAGCAGGGUCUUUCCAGCAGCAUCUUCACUAAAGAUAUGGGACGUGUAUUUCGCUGGCUGGGACCCAAAGGUUCUGACUGCGGCAUUGUGAAUGUCAACAUUCCUACCAGUGGAGCUGAGAUUGGAGGAGCCUUUGGUGGGGAGAAACACACUGGAGGAGCGGUGUGGAUUGGAUUGGAGUCGCGCACAGAGCCAGAGUCUGAUUCAGGUGUUGGGGAACGUGUGUUUCCCCGUCUAGUAUUUGGACCAUAUUGGAUCGAACUCACGGCAGUGACAAUGAGUGAACUAGAACAGUUGCGACAGGAAGCGGAACAGCUACGCAACCAGAUCAGAGAUGCCAGAAAAGCUUGCAGUGAUUCCACUCUGUCACAGAUCACAGCUGGCCUGGACUCGGUUGGUCGGAUACAGAUGCGGACACGCCGUACUCUCAGGGGACACUUGGCCAAAAUCUAUGCAAUGCACUGGGGAAGUGACUCAAGGUUACUUGUUAGUGCCUCUCAAGAUGGAAAGUUAAUUAUCUGGGAUAGCUACACAACAAAUAAGAUGCAUGCCAUCCCUCUGCGCUCCUCCUGGGUGAUGACGUGCGCCUAUGCCCCCUCUGGAAACUAUGUGGCCUGUGGAGGCCUAGACAACAUCUGCUCCAUUUACAGUCUGAAGACUCGUGAAGGCAACGUCCGUGUGACCAGAGAGUUACCUGGACACACAGGUUAUUUAUCCUGCUGCCGGUUUUUGGAUGAUAACCAAAUACUGACUAGCUCUGGAGACACAACUUGUGCAUUGUGGGAUAUUGAAACUGGCCAACAGGCCACCUCAUUUUCAGGCCACACGGGUGACGUUAUGAGUCUGUCCUUGAGCCCAGACUACAAAACAUUUGUGUCAGGAGCCUGUGAUGCCACGUCAAAGCUGUGGGACAUCCGUGAUGGCAUGUGCAGGCAGUCCUUCACUGGUCACGUGUCUGAUAUAAACGCUGUCACCUUUUUCCCAAAUGGAAACGCCUUUGGCACAGGCUCUGAUGACGCCACCUGCAGGCUGUUUGACCUCCGCGCUGAUCAGGAGCUGAUGAUGUACAGUCACGACAACAUCAUCUGUGGCAUCACUUCAGUAGCAUUCUCCAAAAGUGGUCGCUUGUUAUUGGCAGGCUAUGAUGAUUUCAACUGCAACGUCUGGGACACCUUGAAAGGGGAGCGAGCAGGUGUGUUGGCUGGCCAUGACAACAGGGUAAGCUGCUUAGGGGUGACUGAGGAUGGAAUGGCGGUAGCAACUGGUUCUUGGGACAGUUUCCUCCGGAUCUGGAACUAA